UGCUGCCGCUGCGGGACUGAAGCUGAAUCUGCCCGCUUGUUCUCAACCAGCCAGCAGCAGAAGCAGCGAUCGGGACCAGAGUAUAAUCGCUGUCCGGAGUGCAUAGAUGUGCAAAACCCCUGGAUUAUCGCUAGCGCUGGAGAGGCCAGAACCGACCACCGUGGAGGACUGUCUUAAUCUAGUUUUCAUAAGGGAAAGAGCCACGGGGAAAGCAUGGCGGUAGAAGAAGAAGGUCUCCGGGUUUUCCAGAGCGUUAAAAUAAAAAUAGGAGAAGCAAAAAACAUCCCUCCGUACCCGGGGCCAAACAGGAUGAGGGACUGCUAUUGCACAGUCAACCUGGACCAAGAAGAGGUCUUCCGGACCAAGAUCAUUGAGAAGUCCCUUUGUCCGUUCUAUGGGGAGGACUUUUACUGCGAGAUCCCACGUAGCUUCAGACAUCUCUCCUUCUACAUCUUCGACAGGGACGUCUUCAGGAGGGACUCCAGUAUCGGCAAGGUUGCAGUGAAGAAAGAGGACCUGCAGAAAUAUCACGGCAAAGACACCUGGUUCCAGCUACAACCUGUCAGCGCUGACUCAGAAGUGCAGGGAAAAGUGCACCUGGAGCUGCGUCUGAGUGAAGUCAUCACAGACAGUGGAGCCAUCAACCAUAAACUAGCCACACGAGUGUUGGAGUGCCAAGGUCUUCCAAUCGUCAACGGCCAAUGUGAUCCCUACGCUGCUGUCUCCUUACUUGGACCUUCAAGGUCAGAAGCUAAGAAGACCAAAGUGAAGAGGAAAACCAACAAUCCACAGUUUGAGGAGGUUUUCUAUUUUGAGGUGACGCGGCCGUUAAGCUACACAAAGCGGCAGUUUGAUGUUGAAGAAGAGGAUGUUGACAAGCUGGCACUGAGGGUGGAUCUGUGGAACGCCAGCAACCUGAAGUUCGGGGAUGAGUUCCUGGGAGGUGUGCGAGUUCCUCUUCGGGUGCUGGGUCAGGCUGGUGUCCACGAUGCAUGGUACUUUCUUCAGCCCAGGGAAAACGGAGGGAAGUCAGUUAAGGUAGAAGAGCUCGGCUCUCUGCGUCUGAACAUCGUUUACACUGAGGACCACGUCUUCCCCUCCGAACACUACACUCCCCUCAGAGAUCUACUGCUGCACUCUGCUAAUGUAGAGCCUGUGUCGGCGUCCACAGCUCACACUCUGGGGGAGGUGUGUCGAGAGAAACAAGAAGCUGCCAUUCCCCUCGUGCGUCUGUUUCUUCACUACGGCAAGAUUGUGCCUUUCAUCAGCGCCAUCGCUCACGCUGAAGUCAACCGCACACAAGAUCCCAACACCAUUUUCCGGGGAAAUUCGCUGACUUCCAAGUGCAUUGAUGAGACCAUGAAGCUGGCAGGAAUGCACUAUCUGCAAGUCACGCUCAAACCCAUCAUAGAUGAGAUCUGCACAGAACACAAAUCCUGUGAAAUCGACCCGGUCAAGCUCAGAGAGUCGGAGAACCUGGAUACAAACAGGGAAAACCUUCGUCAGUAUGUGGACCGUAUCUUCAAUGUUAUCACCACCUCUGGUGUUCGUUGCCCCACCGUCAUGUGCGAUAUCUUCUUCUCUUUGAGAGAGUCCGCUGCCACGCGUUUCCAAGUUGACCAAGAUGUCCGAUACACAGCAGUGAGCAGUUUCAUUUUCCUGCGUUUCUUCGCUCCAGCCAUCCUCUCCCCAAACUUGUUCCAUCUAAGGCCGCACCAUCCAGAUCCUGCCACCUCUCGAACCCUCACCCUCAUCUCCAAGACUAUCCAGACCCUGGGAAGUCUCGCCAAGUCUAAAUCUGCCAAUUUCAAAGAGUCUUACAUGGCUGCAUUUUACGAGUACUUCAAUGAGCAGAAAUAUGCGGACGCUGUGAAGAAUUUCCUGGAUUUGAUCUCCACCUCUGGCAAAUGGGAUCAGAAGAGUAUUGAAACACCAAUCAUGCUGAAAGAGGGGAGUGUAAAACUCACUAUAAAGAGGGUUGAUGGGAAGGGGUCAAAAGGCACCAAGGGCAGAUUUAUGAUAAAGAGGGCACAAGGGAGAAACCGGUUUGGAAUGAAGAACUUCAAGAAGAGAUGGUUUCGCCUCACCAAUCACGAGUUUACCUACCACAAAACAAAAGGUGAGGGCGCUCUGUGCAGCAUUCCCAUAGAGAACAUUCUGGCUGUAGAGAGGCUAGAGGAGGAGUCUUUUAAGAUGAAAAAUAUGUUCCAGGUUAUUCAGCCGGAGCGGGCGCUCUACAUCCAGGCCAACAACUGCGUCGAGGCACGCGACUGGAUCGACAUCCUGACCAAAGUCAGCCAGUGCAACCGCAAACGCCUUAGCACUUACCAUCCUUCAGCCUACCUCAACGGCCACUGGCUCUGCUGCAAGCUCUCAGCAGACGCAGCCCCCGGGUGUACGCCCUGCACUGGCAGUCUCCCAGCAAACAUCCAGCUGGACGUAGAUGGAGACAGAGAGACAGAGAGGAUCUAUUCCCUGUUCAGCACAUACAUGACCAAACUGAUCAAGAUGCAAGAGGCCUGUGGCAGUAAGUCUGUGUACGACGGGCCCGAACAGGAGGAGUACUCCAGCUUUGUCAUCGACGACCCCCAGGAGACCUACAAAACCCUGAAACUGAUUGUUUCAGCUGUGCAGACCUUGGAGCAUCAGCACACCAAGUACAAACGUGACAAGUUCAAGAAGACAAAGAUAGGCAGCCAGGAGCAUCCGAUUGGAGACAAAAGUUUUCAGUGCUACGUCCGCCAGCAGUCUGAGAGCUCCACCUACUCCAUCUAGCCCUGUGUACAGUUUCUAUGAUGCCCAGAACCAGCCAGAAUAUUUCCUUUACUGCAAAGAAAAUCCAUCUUAACAAUGCUCCAUAUCUAGUAUUCAGUUUUGAAUCUUUUUUUUUCUCCUGAAAACAAGAUUUAAAAAAAAAAGUCAUUAAGGUGAGAUCAUUUGACUUAUUUCCAAUGCAAUUUAUCCAUUCUUCAAGGAGAAUAUUUCACUUUUUAAAGACUUUUCAGGAAGCUAGUGAAGCUGUUUCAGAAAUGAGUGUCACCUGACUGGCUUAUUUGUUUCGCUUUAAGGAGAAUAAGAGUUUUAAGAGUCAAUACCAGACUGAACGAGCUGUGUAGAUGGACUUUUUCUUUGCAGUGUCUCAAGAUGCAUCACUCCAAAUUUGGAGAACAGACCUCAGAUCAGAACAGUUGUGGAAGAAAGGAGGGAUACAAAUGAAGAGAUAAUCAUACCAUACAUCUAUGUGGGUCUCCUGUCUGUGAUGUGUGAUGAGAGAAACAAACAUACGUUUUCACUGGACAGUUUUGACAGUGACCAACACGCACUUUAAUCGCCUCUAAAUCUAUGGAUGAACAAGCCUCGCAGCACACUUUCAAAAAGCUUAUUUUAUCUGUUUGAUUUGUAUUUGGUUAUUUUAAUUGUUGAAAUGUUCCGUUGUAUUUCACUUCAGAAGGUAGGAAGGACUGUCAUUUUUCCCUCUUUGGUAGUGUUGUCCGCAUGUUUUUUUUUUUAUUGUUUUUUUUUUUUUUUUCCCCAACCUCCUCAGGGAGGCUGUGAAGGUCGAGGGCACACAAGAAGUGAUUGUUGGGACCAAGCACAGCCGAGAGCAGCUUGAUGUCAUCAAUGUUAUCUAUCAAUUCUAUCCCUCAUUUCAUUAUUAAUCCUUAUCAUCAACGUGCUAACACAUGUAUAGGUUCAAGUUUUCACGUUUCAUUUGAAGCUUUGGUCUGUUGUGGUUGGAUAUCAUGCUCCUGUGCAGCCAGUACCUGGGCUGAAGGAAUAGAUUUUUUGGAGAGUUCUGACACUUGAGUCAGACAAACCCAUUGAUGCCUUUUUUCUGUCUUCAUGGGUUUCAAGUUGCAGCUCCUCUAAAGUUAGACAAAAUACACUGGAUGGCUAUUAAGUUAAACUCCAUCUUGAUCUCCAUCGAUGAACAAAGGAUAUUAUAUAAUGUCCAACUGCAGAACCAGUUUCUGUUGAUAUUAAGGCCAGAUUAACCCACGAGGGGCUCAGGGUAAAACCUGCUGUGGACCCCUGUUGACUCUCACGAUCAUGAAUUGUGAAUUUGUGCAUAAGCACAAAUAUAUUCAGUAAAACACAUUGUGUAACCACAAUAUAAACAGGAAAUAAUAUUUUGCUAACAAUAUCUUCUCAGCGGCCACUUUAUUAGGUGCACCGUUACAAUCUAUUGCAAAUCAGCUCUGUCAUAAAUUCAGCCUUGACAAACUUUAUAAUGUUUCUUUUUUGGUGACAUUGUUAGAAAUGUGUUUUUUGUAUUACUGAGUUCAAAGUUAAAGGUGGUGUUGUUCUGGACUACAUAUUAUUGAGAGGUGUUUCUAUUUUUUUUUAGGUCCGUAUUUACAUACAGUUCAUGAGUUGGGCAGAAUAAACACCUCUGAAUAUAAUGCAGUUCAGAACAACCUCAUCUCUAACUGUGAACUCAAUAAUAAACAUAUAACUAAAUGACGCCUCUAUGACCUCUAAAAACCUGAACAUUAUAGGCAUCAUUAAAGUAGACUUUAUGUAUUGGAUUGCAUUAGACUGUACAUGGAUACAUAAUAAAGUGGCCACUGAGUGUAAAUAGUAUGAAGUGUGCAUAAAGGAUUAAUAAACACAUUUUGAAAUUCACGAAAUUAUAACAAACUAUUUGCCACAUGCUGAACCUAGAGCCUUUGGGCUCCUGUAGGUCUGUGGCCCUGGGCAGUUGCCCAUUUUGCCCAGUUGGUAGUCAAACCUUGGUUAGCAUGCACACACAUCCAUAUUGGAAACAUUUCAUUGAUUCAGUUGCAGGUUCAUAUGAAUGGAAAACUGUGUAUUUUGCGGCUUUUAAGAGGUGGUGAUAUUUGUUCCCGACGUCCACUAAUUGAGCCUCAGCUUGGCUAAGAUCAGCAUUUAACACACCCUCAAACUGCAUGCAGACAUAUUAAAGGCAUACUUAUGUAUGUUUCACACUGUGUAAGUAGAAAAAGUUGUUAAAGCCAAACUAUCCCUUCAACUGUCAAAGCAGAAAAUACAUGUUAGCACAGCUAACAUGUAGCUAACAGCUAACAGUUUUUAGGUUCUAAUUAACUGAUAUACUAACAUUUUACCAGUCUUGUCUGAACUUAUGAUUGUGAAAUGGAUAGUUACUAGUAAGUUAGCUCUUUCUUACUUUGGAAAAGUUGCGCCCUGUAGUUUUAAACCUAUUUAUAUGCAUUCCUCUGAGAAACUGCCUGCUGUGAAUCUUACCAGUAAGCACCCCAGAAUCUGUUAAAGGUACAGGAUUUAUUGUUAUUGUUUUGUGUUGUUCUAUGCUUCCUAAAGGCAACCAAUCUCAUUGGCUUUUAUAUUCAUCAGCACUCACUCUUGCCAAAACCAGUGCAUUUGAAGAAUAGUUGUAGUCACAGCGACGGUAGCCUCCACAGUCACUUCUAUGCGACUACGACUACAACCACAACAAAUUUUGUAUUUUCAUAUUAAGUACCUGGUUAUGUAGCCUCAUGGGUGUUCCCGUGAUCACAGGAUCCCAAACAGUGCCAGUCAUCACUUUUAUAAAAUUCUCUUUUUAAAAAGCAAACAAAAAAAGUCAUUGUUUUGUUAUGUUUUUUAUAUAUCUCAAAACCUAUACUGUUUUAAAAACAGACGAGUAAUUAUUCCGAUGACAUCUUUUUCUUUGUCGAAUGUGUUGAUUUAUGAACUAUAAGAAAGGUUCUCAACAGUUUGACUCUGUUUUCUAUUGUCUUGUCAUACAGAAAUCUUGCUGUGUACCCGAAUCGAAUGACUGUGGUGUGUGUGUUUUGUGCGUAUGUGCGUGUUUGUGAGUGUGCAUUUGUCAGUAUGUGCAUGAGUGACUGACAUGAUGAGUUGUAUUGCCAAUUGAAUUACCCCAGUGUUACAAGUCAGGAAAGGCAGAGUCCCACACAAAAUCACUGCCUGUAAUUAUACUAAAGACUGUAGUAAGAGUGUGGAAACACUGUUACUGUACUCUGGCCUGAUAUGGUGUAUAUCCUCUUUCCUCUUGUAUAGAACCACUGUUCCAUGUCAAGGAACCUUUGCCAAUAUAUUGUCCCCACUCAUUUUAUGUAUGUAUCACAGUAAUAACAUUGAUGAAACAUUAAGAGAGCAGCGCUGCUGUAACCUCUGAACUUUGGUGAGUGUUUGUUUCCACCAGUCACUAACUCUCCUCAGGUUUGUGAAACUCAGCACUGCGUGUUUUUUUGCCAAGAGCGAGGAGACUCAGACUGAAGUAUUAACCACCAAACCGUUCUGUCUCUCAUUCCAAACUUGGUAAUCAUAUUUGUUGUCAUUUUCAGCAAAACGUUCCCAGAAACAUCGGCUGAAUUGGUAGGUUAAUGCCAGUUACAGUAACAGCAACUCCUCCACCCUGAAGUCCACAAAAGGGAUUAUGCAAUUAUGGUGUUUCAGCAUGCAAUAAUAGUAACAACCCCUCAAUAAGCCCAUCAAAUUAUCAACGCACAUCUGCUGACCUUUUGCAGUGAAAUUCCUCCUUGGAUAAACACAUACCAUAAGGGAGAACAGUGUAUUUUACAAAUAUUUUAAAAGUAUUAAAAUAAGCCUGUUAUAUGUGUAUAUAAAACAGUUGAAUGAAUGGUGAAAAUGUGAUGUGUUUUUUUCCCCCUGAAUAACUAAAUGAAACCAAUAUUAAUGCAAAUGUGGUGUCUUUGUCGUUGUGUAAAACGGUGCAGUCUGCCUCCUAACCAUACUGUACAGACACACAUCAAGAGCUUCAUUUUGUUUCAAUUAGUAAAGAUGUUUUGUAAAA